AUGGGUCGCUGUCAGGAGCUCAGUGAAAUCAAGCGUGGUACCGUAGGUUGCCACUUGUGCAAUAAGUCCAUCCAUGAAAUUUCCUUGCUACUAAAUAUUCCACAGUCAACUGUUAGUGGUAUUAUAACAAAGUGGAAGCAACUGGGAACAACAGCAACUCAGCCACGAAGUGAUAGGCCAUGUAAAAUGACAGAGCGGGGUCAGCGCAUGCUGAAGCGUACAGUGCGCAGAAGUCGCCAACUGUCUGCAGAAGUCAAUAUCUAAAGGCCUCUAAACUUUCUGUGGCCUUCAGUUUUGCACAACAGUGCAUAGAGAGCUUCAUGGAAUGGCCGAGUAGCUGCAUCUAGGCCUUACAUUACCAAGUACAAUACAAAGCAUAGGUUGCAGUGGUGUAAAGCACGCCGCCACUAGACUCUAG